AUGCUUAGAGAUAUUUUCCUGGCGGUGUGUUUGACAGUUUUCUCAAAAGUGUCGUUUGGAAUCGAGCUGACCUUCGAGUUACCCGAUAAUGCUAACCAGUGUUUCUUCGAGGACAUUGAAGCCGAUGUAAAUUGCAUUCUGGAAUUCCAGGUUGUUGCUGGUGGGCAGUACGAUGUCGACAUGACACUGGAAGAUCCCAGUGGGAAAGUGCUUUAUAAGGACGUAAAAAAGCAAUAUGACAAUUUUAACUGGAAAACACAGGUAACUGCUGGUACCUACAAAGCUUGCUUCUCAAAUGAAUUCUCGACAUUUUCGCAUAAAAUUGUUUACAUGGACUGGCAGGUCGGUGAUCAGAACAACCUCAAUAAAGCUAUAACACCGGGCACUCAUGCAAUGAAUGCGCUGGAAAAUUCUGCUGUUGCUAUAGCAGAUAAACUUCGGGUGGUCGACGAUUACCAGACGCAUCAUCGCCUUCGGGAAGCAACAGGAAGGAAACGAGCGGAGCAACUUAAUGAACGUGUUUUGCUGUGGAGUUUAGGUCAAACGGCGCUAAUAGUGCUCAUCGGGAUAGCUCAGGUAUUGCAUCUGUUCGUUAUCCCUUUUGAAAAUGAGAGUUGUUGA